AUGAGACAAAGAGAGGAAGAGGGGGGCUGGGGGGAGGAGGAGGAGGAGGAGGAGGAGGAGGAGCAUCCAGGGCGGGGUCUCAUCAUCAUGGGGAGCUACCUGCUUUCCUGGGGAGGCGGAGCCCUGGAGGACAGGGACAUGUAUGCUCCGCCCUACCCAGCUGUGUACAGGGAACGUCCGGCGACCCGGCCUCCUGAGAUUCUGUACCCACAGGCCGAUGUAGCCGAACGUUUGGCUCUCGGUGGCAGCGAUGACGCCCUGGCCAACGGCCUGAAGCCGGACCUGCAGGCCGCCAAACGUCUCGCCAAACGCCUCUACAACCUAGACGGGUUCAAGAAGUCUGAUGUCGCUCGAAACCUCAGCAAGAAUAACGACUUCAGCCAGCUGGUGGCGCAGGAGUACCUGAGUCACUUUAACUUCACGGGUCUGAGCCUGGACCAGGCGCUCAGGUUGUUUCUAACGCAGUUCGCUCUGAUGGGAGAAACUCAGGAGAGAGAACGAGUCCUUGCACAGUUCUCCCAGAGGUACAGACAGUGUAACCCUGAGAGCCUGUCCACUGAAGACAGUGUCCACACUCUGACUUGUGCCAUCAUGCUGCUGAACACAGACCUUCAUGGAAAUAAUGUGGGGAAGAGGAUGUCCUGCAGUCAGUUUAUCUCCAACCUGGAAGGACUCAACGAUGGAAAAGACUUUCCCAAAGAUCUUCUAAAGACUCUCUACAGCGCCAUCAAGACCGAGAAGCUGCAAUGGACCAUUGAUGAAGAGGAGUUGAGGAAGUCCAUGUCGGAGCUGGCAGAGGUCCGAACAGACUCCGCCUCCCACACCAUGAAGCGUCAGGGGGGCAUGGCCCGGCCGGCUGACAGCGAGCUUUAUAAAAGUGGCUUCCUGGUCCGUAAAAUCCACGCCGACCCCGACGGGAAGAGAACGUCGCGAGGUAAAAGAGGCUGGAAGACGUUCUACGCCAUGCUGAAGGGUCUGGUGCUCUACCUGCAGAAGGAUGAGUACCGCUCAGAGCGAGAGCUGUCGGAGGAGGACUUGAAGAACGCCGUGUCCAUCCAUCACUCCCUGGCCAUGAGAGCAGCUGACUACAGCAAACGGCCCGACGUGUUCUACCUGCGAACGGCCGACUGGAGAGUCUUCCUGUUUCAGGCGCAAAAUCCAGAGCAGAUGCAGUCCUGGAUCACACGCAUCAACAUGGUGGCGGCCAUGUUUUCUGCUCCUCCGUUCCCAGCGGCAGUUGGCUCACAGAAACGUUUUAGCCGUCCUCUGCUGCCGGGCUCCAACACCAAACUGUCCCAGGAGGAGCAGCUCAAAUCUCACGAGAACCGGUUUAGGGCGGUUUCCUCAGAGCUGGUUGAAUUUGCAGCAUCCACACCAGACCGAAAGGUGAAAGGUCGCGAGCUGGAGGAGCUGAAGCUCCGGAAGGAGUACCUGGAGUUUGAGAAAACGCGCUACGGUACGUAUGCCAUGCUGCUGCGAGCCAAGAUGGCGAGCGGAGACGAGGACCUGUCGGCCUUUGAGUCUCAGCUGUUCAAAGAUGGCGGCCUGCAGAGGGCACGCUCCAGUCCCUCUUUGCCUCAGGACGCCACCAAUAAGGAGAAGACACGCGGGACCAAGACGUCCAAGAGCCUAAAGGUCACGUCGUUUUCGUCCUCGAUGUCCAAGAGCAACAGCGGCGUCAAAGACGGACACAAAAAGAACGAGGGCGAAAACAACCAGAGGGCGGAGCUUCAGAAGCACAGCGGCAAACAGGUGGAGGCGGAGUAAUGUUCAGAUGCUCACAACUUCACUUCUGAAGGAUGAGGCACUUUCACACCAGGAAACUGUUUCAGCUGCUGGUUUUCACAAUAAAACUGUUUCCUGUCAGAAUUUUGGUUAGUUCAUGGGUGCAUUAUUGUGAAAAGCUGGACAGGAAUUGUUGGACUACAAACGCAUCAUAGGAGUUUUGUUUUUCAUCCCCUCAGACUGCUCUACUUCCACCUGUAGGUCACCAUGACGACCACAGGUGUGUGGGAGUGUUGCCAUAGAGACGGAG